AAUGAGAUAGAUGGUAGAGCUCUGCUGUCGUCAUCAAUGGUGAAAAAGGCUACAAAUUUAUAGUUGAUUUUUGAUUAAAAUUAUUUUUCAAGCUUUCGAGAUCACAUGGACAGAGAGGAAGAAGAAGUUGCAGAGCUCCUGGGAACAUAGAAGAAUAUAUUGUAGGCGAAAGUUUGUGACCCUUUUGCUUUUAGGGCUUUUUCAGUUUGAUUAUGAAGUGAAAACUGCUCAGUUGGAGUUAGACGAAGUAGAGAUUGAUAACUAAUUUUGGGGGAAGAUGAAGGCGGGGAGUGCGGCGAAGCUUAUUGUCGAUGCACUGCUGCAACGGUUCCUUCCACUUGCGAGGCGUCGAAUUGAAACAGCACAAGCACAGGAUGGACAAUACCUUAGGCCCUCUGACCCUGCAUACGAGCAAGUACUGGAUUCUUUAGCAAUGGUGGCACGACACACACCUGUACCUCUUCUAGAAGCUCUACUUCGUUGGAGAGAAACUGAAUCCCCAAAAGGUGCUAAUGAUGCAUCUACAUUCCAAAGAAAGCUUGCAGUGGAAUGCAUUUUCUGCUCAGCAUGUAUUCGAUUUGUGGAAUGUUGUCCACAAGAAGGACUUACAGAAAAACUCUGGAUUGGCCUUGAAAACUUUGUAUUUGAUUGGCUCAUAAAUGCUGACAGGGUUGUUAGUCAGAUUGAAUACCCUUCUUUGGUUGAUUUGCGUGGACUCCUUCUAGAUCUUGUUGCACAACUCUUAGGUGCUCUUUCACGUAUAAGGUUCAGUUCUGUAACUGAGCGUUUCUUCAUGGAACUCAACACUCGUCGAAUUGACACUAGUGGGGCUCGAAGUGAAACACUUAGUAUCAUUAAUGGAAUGCGUUACUUAAAGCUCGGGGUGAAGACAGAGGGUGGUUUAAACGCAUCAGCUUCCUUUGUGGCAAAAGCCAACCCUCUUAAUCGGGUCCCACAUAAAAGAAAGAGUGAACUUCACAAUGCCCUUUGCAAUAUGCUUUCAAACAUUUUAGCACCACUUGCAGAUGGUGGUAAAGGUAACUGGCCGCCACCUGGCGUGGACCCCGCACUUACUCUUUGGUAUGAAGCUGUUGCACGUAUAAGAAGUCAACUCAUGCAGUGGACAGACAAACAAAGCAAACAUAUAGCCGUCGCGUACCCUUUGGUGACUUUGCUUCUUUGUCUUGGUGAUCCUAUUGUUUUCCUCAAUAACUUUGGUCCUCAUAUGGAGCAACUUUACAAGCAUCUAAGGGACAAGAACAACCGUUUCAUGGCUCUGGAUUGUCUCCACCGAGUUUUAAGAUUUUAUUUGAGUGUUCAUGGGAAUUCUCAACCACCCAAUCGCGUAUGGGAUUACCUGGACAGUGUGACAGCUCAGCUUUUGACAAUUUUAAGGAAAGGAAUGCUUACACAGGAUGUCCAACAUGAUAAAGUUGUUGAGUUUUGUGUUACUAUAGCAGAACAUAACCUUGAUUUUUCCAUGAAUCAUGUGAUAUUGGAAUUGUUAAAACAAGAUAGUCCAAGUGAAGCAAAGGUGAUUGGCCUUCGUGCCUUACUUGCAAUCGCCAUGUCACCAACAAGCCAACAUGUCGGCUUGGAAAUCCUUCAUGCUCAUGAUAUAGGGCAUUAUGUUCCAAAAGUCAAGGCUGCAAUCGAGUCUAUUUUGAGGUCAUGUAAUCGAGCUUAUAGUCAAGCUCUUCUCACUUCUUCAAAGACCACAAUAGAUGCUGUGACCAAAGAAAAAUCCCAAGGGUAUUUAUUCCGCUCAGUUCUAAAAUGCAUACCCUACCUAAUCGAAGAAGUGGGUCGAACCGAUAAAAUAACCGAAAUAAUCCCGCAACACGGAAUCAGCAUCGACCCGGGGGUCCGCGAAGAAGCGGUCCAAGUCCUCAACCGGAUAGUCCGCUACCUCCCACACCGCCGCUUUGCAGUCAUGCGUGGAAUGUCAAACUUCAUCCUCCAACUCCCAGACGAAUUCCCUCUCUUGAUCCAAACAUCCCUCGGACGCCUUCUAGAACUCCUUCGUUUUUGGAGAGCUUGUUUGUCCGAUGAUAACAACAACAACAUCAUCGAAAAAAACAAAAAUGCCGAUGAAAAUGUUGUUGUGGUUUCGGAUAAUGCGAAAAAACAAAAAGGGUUUAAGAGAUCUUCUUUUCAUCCCGGUGAACAACCGAUUGAAUAUCGCGCUUCGGAGAUUGAUGCAGUUGGCCUUAUUUUUCUUAGCUCUGCUGAUAGUCAGAUUAGGCAUACGGCUUUGGAGUUGUUGAGAUGUGUGCGCGCUUUAAGGAAUGAUAUACGGAAUUUAUCGUUGUAUGAAAGAUCGGAUUUUUUAAAAGACGAAGCUGAACCCAUUUUUAUAAUCGAUGUUCUUGAAGAAAAUGGGGAUGAUAUUGUUCAAAGCUGCUAUUGGGAUUCAGGGCGACCUUUUGAUCUGAGAAGAGAAUCUGAUGUGGUGCCUCCUGAUGCAACACUGCAGGCUAUACUUUUUGAAAGCCCUGAUAAGAACAGAUGGGCCCGCUGUCUUAGUGAGCUUGUCAAAUAUGGUGCAGUGCUCUGUCCUCAGUCUGUUCAAGAUGCAAAAUUGGAAGUAAUUCAGCGCCUUGAACACAUUACACCUGUUGAAUUGGGUGGAAAGGCUCAUCAAUAUCAAGAAGCAGACAGCAAAUUAGAUCAAUGGCUCAUGUAUGCAAUGUUUGCCUGUUCAUGUCCACCUGGAAGGGAAGGAGCUGGUGCUGCAACGACACGCGAUCUUUUCCAUCUCAUCUUCCCUUCACUAAAAUCUGGCUCUGAAGCUCAUGUUCAUGCAGCAACUAUGGCUCUAGGGCAUUCCCAUUUGGAAGUGUGUGAAAUAAUGUUCAGUGAACUCGCAUCUUUCAUGGACGAAAUUUCCUUAGAAACAGAUGGAAAAUCAAAAUGGAAGAGUCAAAAGCUUCGGCGUGAAGAACUCCGAAUCCGGAUAGCAAACAUAUACAGAACCGUAGCUGAAAACAUAUGGCCCGGAAUGUUAAGCCGGAAACCGGUAUUCCGACUCCACUAUCUAAAAUACAUCGAUGAAACCACAAGAUUAAUCUCAACUUCACCUCUGGAAUCCUUUCAAGAAAUGCAACCUCUUCGAUACUCACUCGCGUGUGUCCUAAGAUCUUUAGCCCCCGAAUUUGUCGAAUCAAAAUCAGAAAAAUUCGACCCGAAAACCCGAAAAAGAUUAUUCGAUCUUCUUUUAUCUUGGUGUGAUGAAUCGGGGUCCACAUGGAGUCAAGAUAGUGCAAGUGAUUAUAGACGUGAAGUGGAAAGGUAUAAAUCGAGUCAGCAUUCUCGAUCGAAAGAUUCGAUUGAUAAGAUUUCGUUUGAUAAAGAAGUGACUGAACAAGUUGAGGCGAUUCAAUGGGCUUCAAUGAAUGCCAUGGCUUCUUUGUUAUAUGGGCCUUGUUUUGAUGAUAAUGCAAGGAAGAUGAGUGGAAGGGUUAUUUCAUGGAUUAAUAGUUUGUUUAUUGAGCCUGCUCCGCGGGCCCCGUUUGGGUAUUCACCCGUUGACCCGAGAACUCCGUCUUAUAAUAAGUAUGGGGGUGAUGGUGGGAGAGGGGGUACGGGUCGGGAUCGGAAUCGAGGGGGUCAUCUUAGGGUUUCACUUGCGAAAAUGGCGUUGAAGAAUCUUCUUCUUACGAAUUUGGAUUUGUUCCCUGCUUGCAUUGAUCAGUGCUACUAUUCCGAUGCUGCCAUAGCAGAUGGCUACUUCAGUGUCCUAGCCGAAGUCUACAUGCGCCAAGAAAUCCCCAAAUGUGAAAUCCAAAGACUCCUCUCUCUAAUCCUCUACAAAGUAGUUGACCCUUCCCGCCAAAUCCGCGAUGACGCCCUCCAAAUGCUCGAAACCUUAUCCGUUCGUGAAUGGGCUGAAGACAAAAUAGAAGGUUCCGGAAGCUACCGUGCAGCCGUCGUUGGCAACCUCCCCGAUUCCUACCAACAAUUCCAAUACAAACUCUCUUGCAAACUCGCCAAAGACCACCCCGAACUCAGCCAACUCCUUUGUGAAGAAAUCAUGCAAAGACAACUCGAUGCAGUUGACAUCAUCGCACAACACCAAGUCCUCACUUGCAUGGCUCCAUGGAUCGAAAAUUUAAAUUUUUGGAAAUUAAAAGACUCCGGAUGGAGCGAACGGUUAUUAAAAAGUCUUUAUUAUGUGACGUGGCGUCACGGGGAUCAGUUUCCGGAUGAAAUCGAAAAGCUUUGGCGUACGAUCGCCUCCAAACCCCGGAAUAUCCGCCCGGUUUUGGAUUUCUUGAUUACGAAGGGAAUCGAGGAUUGCGAUUCCAACGCGUCGGCGGAAAUAAGCGGCGCCUUCGCGACGUACUUUUCCGUUGCGAAGCGCGUGAGUUUGUAUUUAGCGCGAAUAUGUCCGCAAGGAACGAUCGAUCAUUUGGUGUAUCAGUUAGCGCAACGUAUGUUGGAAGACAGUAUGGAACCGGUCAGACCGACUGCUAAUAAAAACGAACCGAACGGUUACGUUUUGGAAUUUUCUCAGACGUCAGCGGUGGCACAGAUGGCGGCGGUUUUGGACAACCAACCGCAUAUGUCACCGCUCUUGGUACGCGGGUCCCUGGACGGCCCGCUACGGAAUACAAGCGGAAACUUGACAUGGAGAACGGGCCGGACACAGUCCGGCCCGUUGACUCCCAUGGCGCCGGAAAUGAACAUUGUUCCCGUGACCGGUGGGCGGUCCGGGCAACUCAUUCCGGCGCUGGUCAACAUGUCCGGCCCGUUAAUGGGCGUUCGAAGCUCAACCGGAAGCAUGAGAAGCCGCCACGUGUCGCGCGAUAGUGGCGAUUAUUUGAUCGACACUCCGAAUUCCGAAAUCGACGGGUUGCAUCCUCCCGGUGGGACCCACGGGGUUAACGCGAAAGAGCUUCAUUCCGCGUUACAAGGACAUCAACAACAUUCGUUGACUCAUGCGGACAUCGCGUUGAUUUUGCUUGCAGAGAUCGCGUACGAGAAUGACGAGGAUUUUCGGGAGCAUUUGCCGUUACUUUUUCAUGUCACGUUUGUUUCGAUGGAUAGCUCGGAAGACAUCGUGUUGGAACAUUGUCAGCAUUUGCUCGUGAAUUUAUUGUACUCAUUAGCCGGCCGUCAUUUGGAGCUGUACGAUGUUGAAAACAACGAUGGUGAAAACAAACAACAAGUCGUGAGUUUAAUAAAAUAUGUCCAAUCAAAACGCGGAAGCAUGAUGUGGGAGAAUGAGGACCCGACACUUGUCAAAAUCGAGCUCCCGAGUGCCGCUCUUUUAUCCGCUUUAGUUCAAAGCAUGGUGGACGCGAUAUUUUUCCAAGGCGAUUUACGAGAAACUUGGGGGGCAGAAGCGCUAAAAUGGGCCAUGGAAUGCACGUCGCGCCACCUGUCAUGUAGGUCCCACCAGAUUUACCGGGCUUUACGUCCAGCUGUCACAAACGACGCGUGCGUCUCACUCCUUCGUUGCCUCCAUAGAUGCCUCGCAAACCCGGUCCCUUCGGUUUUAGGGUUUGUUAUGGAAAUUCUUUUGACUUUACAAGUUAUGGUUGAGAAUAUGGAGCCCGAAAAGGUCAUUUUAUACCCGCAACUUUUUUGGGGAUGUGUCGCGAUGAUGCACACGGAUUUCGUCCACGUGUACUGCCAAGUCCUCGAGCUUUUCGCGCGUGUAAUCGACCGGUUAUCGUUCCUUGACCGAACUACCGAAAACGUCCUUCUCUCAAGCAUGCCGCGAGACGAACUCGAUCACACCGUUUCCGAUUCCGACUUCCGGACGGAAUCACAAUCCGGAAACGGAAACGGAAACGCGAAAGUCAAAGUCCCGGCGUUUGAAGGCGUCCAACCGCUCGUACUCAAAGGACUCAUGUCAACCGUAAGCCACGGUGUCUCAAUCGAGGUUCUUUCCCGGAUAACAGUUCACUCAUGUGAUUCCAUCUUCGGUGACCCCGAAACACGUCUUCUAAUGCACAUCAUCGGAUUACUUCCAUGGCUAUCUUUACAACUCACCCACGACACGCUUACCGAAAAAUCCCGAAACGUAUCGACAAAUUUAGCGAUUUGGUGUCGCGCGAAAUCUUUAGACGGAUUAGCGACUGUUUUUAUCGCGUAUUCACACGGCGAAAUCAAAACAAUCGAUAACUUACUCGCGUGUGUUUCCCCGCUUUUGUGCAACGAAUGGCUACCGAAAUAUUCCGCUCUCGCAUUCGGGCAUCUUCUAAAGCUUCUAGAACGUGGGCCCGUUGAAUACCAACGCGUUAUUCUUUUAAUGAUGAAAGCUUUACUCCAACAUACACCAAUGGAUGCUGCACAGAGCCCGCAUAUGUACGCGAUUGUGUCCCAAUUAGUUGAAAGCACGCUUUGUUGGGAGGCGUUGAGUGUUCUAGAAGCUUUGUUACAAAGUUGCAGCUCGUUGACCGGGUCCCACAGUCAUGAUUCCGGGGUUUAUGAAAACGGGCUUGGUGGUGGUGGGCCCGGGGUUGAUGAAAAGGUGUUGUUUCCGCAAUCGUCUUUUAAGGCGAGGAGUGGACCGUUGCAGCAGGCGAUGGGUUUGGGGUUGGGGUUGGGGUUCGGGGCGGGUGUAGCGGUUGGGGUGUCGGAAUCGGGGAUUCCGGCGAGGGAAUUGGCGUUGCAGAAUACGAAGUUGAUACUUGGGAGAGUGCUUGAUAAUUGUGCACUUGGGAGGAGAAGGGAUUAUAAAAGAUUGGUGCCUUUUGUGACUACUACUGGAAACCCUUGAUUUUUUUUGGAAGUUGUAUCUUGUUUAUGAUUUGUACAUUGGUGAAUGGAUGGAUGGGUUUUGUAUAUAAUUGAAACUAGAAAAAUAGUGAUUGAUGCUCAUUUUGAUUCGAGUUGUUUUUUACUAUUUUUGUGUAAUAAGCAUUGUGU